CUCUCUCGCUGACUGCGUUGCUGUACUCGGGGGUGACUCAGAGCGCGGAGAGAUUGCAGCCGGCACACUCCUCGCGAGCAAGCAUCACUCUGCCUGGCUGGCGGGGACUGGAGGAAUAGAUGUCCACGCCCACAGACCCUGGCGCCAUGCCCCAUCCGGGGCCCUCACCGGGGCCUGGACCCUCCCCCGGACCAAUUCUCGGACCAAGUCCAGGACCAGGACCAUCCCCGGGUUCCGUCCACAGCAUGAUGGGGCCAAGUCCCGGCCCUCCGAGUGUCUCACAUCCGAUGCCAGCCUUGGGGUCUACAGACUUCCCACAAGAAGGCAUGCAUCAGAUGCAUAAGCCCAUCGACAGUAUUCACGACAAAGGGAUUGUGGACGACAUGCACUGUGGAUCCAUGAAGGGCACAAGUAUGCGAACUCCCCAUCCGGGCAUGGGCCCUCCCCAGAGCCCCAUGGAUCAGCACAGUCAAGGUUACAUGUCACCGCACCCAUCUCCCAUGGGAGCCCCAGAACAUGUCUCCAGUCCCGUAUCCGGAGGAGGCCCGACACCACCGCAGAUGCCACCGGGCCAGCCAGGAUCCCUCAUUCAGGGUGAACCACAGGCCAUGAGCCAGCCCAACAGAGGACCGUCGCCUUUCAGCCCCGUGCAGCUGCAUCAGCUGCGAGCACAGAUUCUAGCAUACAAAAUGCUGGCCCGGGGCCAGCCCCUCCCCGAAACCCUGCAGCUUGCAGUCCAGGGGAAACGGACAUUGCCUGGCAUGCAGCAACAGCAGCAGCAACAACAGCAGCAGCAACAGCAGCAGCAGCAACAGCAGCAGCAACAGCAGCAACCACAGCCAACACCAACGCAGCCACAGUCACAGCAGCCGCAGCAGCCGCUCACAUAUCCCAACAGAAUAGGUGGCCCAUCCCAGGACCUGAACAGUCUGGGCACCCCACAGAAGCUUCAGGCACUCAGCGGCCGGCCCUCUCCGGCACCUACAGCUGCAGCACAGCCUCCUGCGGCUGCCGUGCCCGGCCCAUCGGUGCAGCCUCCAGCGCCGGGGCAGCCCUCACCUGUCCUGCAGCUGCAGCAGAAGCAGAGCCGCAUCAGCCCCAUCCAGAAGCCACAGGGCCUGGACCCCGUGGAGAUCCUGCAGGAGCGCGAGUACAGGCUUCAGGCCCGCAUAGCUCACAGGAUACAAGAACUGGAAAAUCUGCCUGGCUCUCUGCCACCAGAUUUACGAACCAAAGCUACUGUGGAGCUGAAAGCACUCCGGCUACUCAAUUUCCAGCGUCAGCUGCGACAGGAGGUGGUGGCCUGCAUGCGCAGGGACACGACCCUCGAGACGGCCCUCAACUCCAAAGCGUACAAGCGCAGCAAGCGGCAGACGCUGAGAGAGGCUCGCAUGACCGAGAAACUAGAAAAACAGCAGAAGAUCGAGCAGGAGAGGAAGCGCCGGCAGAAGCACCAGGAAUACCUGAACAGCAUUUUGCAACAUGCGAAAGACUUUAAGGAAUACCACCGCUCCGUGGCUGGCAAGAUCCAGAAGCUGUCCAAAGCCGUGGCGACGUGGCACGCCAACACGGAAAGGGAACAGAAGAAGGAGACAGAGCGUAUCGAGAAGGAGAGAAUGCGGAGACUGAUGGCUGAAGAUGAAGAAGGGUACAGAAAGCUGAUUGACCAAAAGAAGGACAGACGCUUGGCUUACCUCCUACAGCAGACCGACGAGUACGUGGCCAAUCUGACCAACCUGGUGUGGGAGCACAAGCAAGCUCAAGCAGCCAAAGAAAAGAAGAAGAGGAGGAGGAGGAAGAAGAAAGCUGAAGAGAACGCAGAGGGAGGCGAGUCGGCCCUAGGACCAGACGGAGAGCCGAUAGAUGAGAGCAGUCAGAUGAGUGACCUCCCUGUUAAAGUGACACACACGGAAACCGGCAAGGUCCUCUUUGGACCAGAAGCACCCAAAGCAAGCCAGCUGGAUGCCUGGUUGGAAAUGAAUCCUGGUUACGAAGUGGCCCCAAGAUCGGACAGUGAGGAGAGUGAAUCCGAUUAUGAGGAGGAGGAUGAGGAAGAAGAGUCCAGCAGACAGGAAACGGAAGAGAAAAUUCUCCUGGACCCCAACAGUGAGGAAGUCUCUGAGAAGGAUGCCAAGCAGAUUAUUGAGACCGCGAAGCAAGACGUGGAUGAUGAAUACAGCAUGCAGUACAGCGCCCGAGGGUCACAGUCGUACUACACAGUGGCUCACGCCAUCUCGGAGAGGGUGGAGAAGCAGUCGGCUCUGCUCAUUAACGGAACCCUGAAGCAUUACCAGCUGCAGGGCCUGGAAUGGAUGGUCUCCCUGUAUAAUAACAAUCUGAACGGAAUCUUAGCCGAUGAAAUGGGGCUAGGAAAGACCAUACAGACCAUUGCACUCAUCACGUAUCUGAUGGAGCACAAAAGACUCAAUGGCCCCUAUCUCAUCAUCGUUCCCCUCUCGACUCUAUCUAACUGGACAUAUGAAUUUGACAAAUGGGCUCCUUCUGUGGUGAAAAUUUCUUACAAGGGCACCCCUGCCAUGCGUCGCUCUCUGGUGCCCCAGCUGCGGAGUGGCAAAUUCAAUGUCCUCCUGACUACUUAUGAGUACAUUAUAAAAGACAAGCACAUUCUUGCAAAGAUUCGGUGGAAGUACAUGAUCGUGGACGAAGGCCACCGAAUGAAGAACCACCACUGCAAGCUGACCCAAGUCUUGAACACGCACUACGUGGCCCCCAGAAGGAUCCUGUUGACCGGCACCCCGCUACAGAACAAGCUCCCCGAACUCUGGGCCCUCCUCAACUUCCUCCUCCCCACGAUUUUUAAGAGUUGCAGCACCUUCGAACAAUGGUUUAACGCUCCGUUUGCCAUGACGGGUGAAAGGGUGGACCUGAAUGAAGAGGAGACCAUCUUGAUCAUUAGGCGUCUACAUAAAGUGCUGAGGCCAUUCCUACUGAGGAGACUCAAGAAAGAAGUGGAAUCCCAGCUUCCAGAAAAAGUGGAAUACGUGAUCAAGUGCGACAUGUCGGCCCUGCAGAAGAUCCUCUACCGACACAUGCAGGCCAAGGGGAUCCUCCUCACAGAUGGAUCUGAGAAAGAUAAGAAGGGGAAAGGAGGAGCCAAGACUCUGAUGAACACCAUCAUGCAGCUGAGAAAGAUCUGCAAUCACCCCUACAUGUUCCAGCAUAUUGAGGAAUCCUUUGCUGAACACCUGGGCUAUUCCAACGGAGUCAUAAAUGGGGCCGAGCUAUACCGGGCCUCAGGCAAGUUUGAGCUCCUGGAUCGUAUCCUGCCCAAACUGCGAGCGACCAAUCACCGCGUGCUGCUUUUCUGCCAGAUGACCUCGCUCAUGACCAUCAUGGAGGACUAUUUCGCCUUUCGCAACUUCCUUUACCUACGCCUGGACGGCACCACCAAGUCUGAAGAUCGUGCUGCGCUGCUGAAGAAAUUCAAUGAGCCUGGGUCCCAGUAUUUCAUCUUCCUGCUGAGCACCCGCGCGGGAGGCCUGGGUUUAAACCUGCAGGCAGCUGACACGGUGGUCAUCUUUGACAGUGACUGGAACCCUCACCAGGACUUGCAGGCACAGGACCGAGCCCACCGCAUUGGCCAGCAGAACGAGGUCCGGGUGCUGCGACUGUGUACCGUCAACAGCGUGGAAGAGAAGAUCCUGGCAGCGGCCAAGUACAAGCUGAACGUCGACCAGAAGGUCAUCCAGGCGGGCAUGUUCGAUCAGAAGUCCUCCAGCCACGAGCGCAGGGCCUUCCUGCAGGCCAUCCUGGAGCACGAAGAGGAGAACGAGGAGGAAGAUGAAGUGCCAGAUGACGAGACUCUGAACCAGAUGAUCGCCCGGCGAGAGGAGGAAUUCGACCUUUUUAUGCGUAUGGACAUGGACCGGCGGAGGGAAGAUGCUCGGAACCCCAAACGCAAGCCCCGCUUGAUGGAGGAGGACGAGCUGCCCUCCUGGAUUAUAAAGGACGAUGCCGAAGUGGAAAGGCUCACGUGUGAAGAGGAAGAGGAGAAGAUAUUCGGCAGGGGUUCUCGCCAGCGCCGCGACGUGGACUACAGCGAUGCCCUCACGGAGAAGCAGUGGCUCAGGGCCAUUGAAGACGGCAACUUAGAGGAAAUGGAGGAGGAAGUACGGCUGAAAAAGAGAAAGAGGCGAAGAAACGUGGACAAGGACCCCGCCAAGGAAGACGUGGAAAAGGCUAAAAAGAGACGGGGCCGCCCCCCAGCCGAGAAGCUCUCGCCCAAUCCCCCGAAACUGACCAGACAGAUGAACGCCAUCAUCGACACGGUCAUCAACUACAAGGACAGGUGUAACGCGGAGAAGGUGCCCGGUAAUUUUCAGUUGGAAAUAGAAGGAAGCAGCUCCGGUCGGCAGCUCAGCGAGGUCUUCAUCCAAUUACCUUCAAGGAAAGAAUUGCCAGAAUACUAUGAAUUAAUUAGGAAACCAGUGGACUUCAAAAAAAUAAAGGAAAGAAUCCGUAACCAUAAGUACCGGAGCCUGGGCGACCUGGAGAAAGAUGUCAUGCUGCUGUGUCAGAACGCUCAGACGUUCAACCUGGAGGGCUCUCAGAUCUAUGAAGACUCCAUCGUCUUACAGUCCGUGUUUAAGAGCGCUCGGCAGAAAAUUGCCAAAGAGGAGGAGAGCGAGGAGGAGAGCAAUGAAGAGGAGGAAGAGGAGGAAGAGGAGGAGUCGGAGUCGGAAGCCAAAUCGGUGAAGGUGAAAAUCAAGCUCAACAAAAAAGAUGAGAAAAGCCGAGACAAAGGCAAAGCGAAGAAAAGGCCAAAUCGAGGCAAAGCCAAACCUGUCGUGAGCGACUUCGACAGCGAUGAGGAGCUGGAUGACAACGAACAGUCGGAAGCGAGUGGGACAGAUGAUGAAUGAACCCUAUGGACCUUUUCUGACCCCCGCCAUCCUCCUCGGUAAACCUGACUCCCUCCCCGCCCCGUCGCCCCUUCUGCCCAGCGAGCCUGUUUGUUGUACAGGUUCCUGGGUUGUACCAUCAUCGUCUAUAAACUAGCUGUAGAAUAGUGUCAGACAAACGUAUGCUAUCAUGGUGUAAAAACACACGUGCAAACAUUUGUAACAUAUGGUGACCAAAUGGGCCUCAAAGAUUCAAAGAUGACAAAGAAAGGAAAAAAAAAACAAACUUUUGAUGGAAAAUGUGGGUGGAUAGUAUAUUUCUAUGGGUGCGUCUAAUUUGCUAACAGUUGGAUUGUGCCUGGUUUUAUCACCUGUUCAGAUAAAAAGAUUUUUUUUUUUUGGUCUUUUGUAACGCUGAUAACCAGGAGAAGCCAUUAAAAGCCACUGGUUAUUUCCGAUCAGGCAAUUUUCAAAGUUUUUAUUUGUUCCUUUUUUUUUUUUUUUUUUUUUUUUACACUGUGGUACAUAUAAGCAACUUGAAUAGGUGAGAAAUGUAUAAUAGACUUCACCUACAUAAACAUUUUUUCCAUUUUAUGCUGUACAAUCUGAAAAGAAAUGCUUUUUCAAUUGUAUAAGAUUUAUGUCUAUUGUAAACAUCGCCUUUUUUUUUUUUUUGCUUUGGAUUGAAAACAAAAAAAACUUUUUUGGUUGAAAACGCUAUUGAAUAUUGCAAUCUAGUGUCCUGGAUGCCUUCUUUUGUCAGCCCGUUCUCCUCUGUCGCCAAUGCGUUCUGUCUCCUCCCCACCCCACCCCCCCCUCAAGUGUACUUAACUUUGCUUUCUUUGCACAAUGUCUUUGGUUGCAAGUCCUAAGGCUGAGGCAAAUAAAAUUCCAGUAAUUUCAAAGGC